UCUUCCUACUCGGCGCUUGCGCAGUUAAGACAUUGGAAGAGGUAUCACGAAGCAACCGGAAGCGGCUCUUUCUUUUUUCCCGUCGACUCGUAUCUCGUCCAUCAUGGUGUUCAAACGCUACGUUGAGAUUGGCCGAGUUGCCUACAUUUCCUUUGGGCCACAUGCCGGAAAGCUAGUAGCAAUUGUGGAUGUUAUUGAUCAGAACAGGGCAUUAGUAGAUGGUCCCUGCAGUGGUGUUAGAAGGCAGGCAAUGCCCUUCAAGUGCAUGCAGCUAACUGACUUUGUUCUCAAGUUUCCUCACAGUGCUCGUCAGAAAUAUGUGCGAGCUGCUUGGGAGAAGGAAAACAUUAAUGAGAAGUGGAAGGCUACCAGAUGGGCUCAAAAAAUUGAGGCCAGAGAGAAGAAAGCCAAGAUGUCAGAUUUUGAUCGCUACAAGGUCAUGAAGGCUAAGAAAAUGAGAAACAGAAUCAUCAAACAUGAAGUAAAGAAGCUUCAGAAGGCUGCUGCUGGUGCUGCACCUAAAAAAGCAUAAUCUAUCAGGAAAUAAAAUUUCAGUUUAAUAUGUGCUUGUUAUAAA